GACGCCAUGACAGCGCGACGCCACGGCAGCGCGUUGAGACGGCCGCGGCAGCACGACGCGGCCGGCGGCACGACGACGCCGCGUGAGCAGCACGAUGCGGCCACCACGGCAGCGCGAGAGAGAGAGAGAGAGAGAGAGAGAGAGAGAGAGAGAGAGAGAGAGAGAGAGAGAGAGAGAGAGAGAGAGAGAGAGAGAGAGAGAGAGAGAGAGAGAGAGAGAGAGAGAGAGAGAGAGAGAGAGAGGAGAGAGAGAGAGAGAGAGAGAGAGAGAGAGAGAGAGAGAGAGAGAGAGAGAGAGAGAGAGAGAGAGAGAGAGAGAGAGAGAGAGAGAGAGAGGAAGAGUGCGCGGCGGAAGCAUAGGAAAUAGGUCCAGCAGAUUGAACCUGCUCUGUUACC